CCAAGAGGUCACCAGCAAGGGGACGGCAGACGGAACCUCUGUUCCACUGCAGGAGGGAGGGAGGAAGAGAACAAGACGGAAGAAAAUACGCAGCAGGAGAGAGAGAGAGCCGAGGCGAUGUGAAUUUCGCCCUCCUCUGCACUGCGAGUGACGUGCAUCGUAAGGGAGCCCAAGUGGAAGUGGAAGAGUGAUGAUUUGCAACGACCGCCGCUUGCUGCACGACUGGUUCUCGACAGCCAGUUCGAGAUUUCUGCCGGAGGCAGCUCAAGACCUAAGGGCUGUCUGGAUCGUUCACUACUCCCAUCUGCAUCUGUCGGAUCAAUGCCGAGCGAUCCGAGUGGAGUUUGAGGCUGCUUAAGCGCGAUUUGGGUGGGGAGGAGGAGGAGGAGGAUCUGAUUCUCACGCUUGAUACGCAACGUUCGUGCAGGUGGAGUGGAUUGUCGUCGAGCAGACGCAGAACGCACAGGAAAGUUUGCUGGGCGGAACUCGCAUAUUCUUGUGGAUGUGGAUUUGAAUUGGAGAUAAUUGAGUGGAGCAUUGCUUCAGGAAGAGGAGAGGGCAGGAGAGAGGAAUUUUAUAUCAUAGAUUUUUUCCAGCAUCAUCGGAGAUACUGCAGCAGAUUUUAUGUAUAUGGUGAGUUGAGCUAGGGAAGAUCAUGGAGACACAAGGCAUUGUAUCGGAUCACUCGAGCAAUGGCUACAGGAGAGGAACGAACAGAAGAGAUGGGAGCGGUCAUCGAAAUUCGGGUGGAUAUCAGCAGAGAUGGAUGUCCAAUGAAAGCACUGGGAGUAGCAGCAGUGCACCAGCUGCCGUAGUGAAGAAUAGGGGGCCUGAGGGGAGCGGAAAGGCAAUCGUUGAAAUAGCAGGAAGCAGUCUUGCCGCCCAAAAUGGAACACCUUCGGUUGCCUAUGAAAGCAGUAGGGCAUGGAGCAAAGUUCAUAGCGUGGACAUGAAACCUAAUUCUGACCAGGGUGCGAAAACGAUUUCUAAUAGUAUUAGGAGUAGCUCAGGAGUAGGAGGGGGUAGCAGAAGUGGAAUGGCAGUGGAACAGAGUUUUGUGCCAUACUUGCCGCAGGACGAUGCCAUACUGGCCGGAUUAGGAGAGCGGGAAGGUGGUGUGGAUGCUGCCGAAACUCAGGAGGUGACCGAUCUUCUGAAUGAGCAGCUUAGUGCCUUGCUUUGUCUUCCUCCUAGACAAUUUUGGAAAAAAGUUGUUACGGACGAGAGCUUGUCUGUAUUCCUGGACAGUUACCUGCACUUUAGAAGGCGAUGGUUUGACAGUCCACUCGGAAGCCCGAGUGAAUCGAAAGUUGGAGUAGUUGCUGGUGAUGGAGACUUAAGCAGACGCACAUUUAUGGUUCUUCUGCGCAUGUCAUCAAAUAGUGAUCCAGGAACUCCACCCAGUGAGAGUCUUUCUGCAAAGGAACAUGCAGCUAUCUUGAAGGAGAAGAAGCUGUUGGAUAUACCGAAGCUGAUGGACAUCUGUGCCAUUUAUGGUCACGAUAAUCCAGAUCUGACAAAACGUUUGGUUAGCAAUGCAUUUCAGGCACAGCCUUGUUAUGCCGAUGAGCUCGCCGGUCAUGUCCCUCCCCUUUUACAGAGAAUUAUCACAAUGCAUCAACGAUGUUGUGAUACCAUUCAGGUUCUUACAGGUCCAAGAGAUAAAAGUCCGGGUGCUGUUGGAGAUCGUGUUUAUCAUGAGCUUCUAGAGAUAGUAGACUACUUGACUGAUGUCGUCAUCACUCUAAACGCCUUCAUUGAAGUCUAUCCUCCUGCUGCACAUAUCCUGGUUACCUCCGGAAAUCCAAAUUCAGGACAGGGAUUGCUUCUUCCUGCUUUAGCAACAAUGCAUGACACGUUGUUGCCAAACCUUCAAGAAGGAUUCGCAGUACUUGCUAGCAGCCAAUCACAAGAAGUAGAAGAAACAGCAGCUUCGGCACAAGUCCGACUUAACAGGCUCGGUGAAAAGCUAGUCGAUAUUGUUUGGAGAUUGAUUGAUCAUCGUUAUCUUGGUGGUAGCUCCGGAGAUGAUACGCCCACGAUAACCACGUAUGAUGAUCCUUAUGAAGAUGCAGCUGGAAGGGGAGAUUCGUUGGUACAAGCAGUUGUAGCCCUAGCCAUGGGGCCUUCUGAGACUGAUAAUAGUACUCUCGAAUCGGGUAACUCUAGACUCGUAUGUACGGGAUCGUUACUCAAGCGCAUGGAACAGCGACAUGGAGUCUCCUAUCAGAUUCAACAAACUUGCCAGAAAGGGUCACUUUUUCUUGACGACGCACAACAUGAUUAUCUUUAUGCAUUGAUGGUGGAUGAUCAAGCAGCACCUGGAGUACGCGGUAAAGAAAUUGUAGAGAGCAAACAGAACGUACUAAGACUAACGUUGCCAGAAAGGGACGGGGACGAAGAAACUGUAAUUCGACAGUCAAAGAUCAGUCAGAUUAAGGAUCUAUUUCCAGACUUUGGUGAUGGAUUCGUAGACGCAUGUCUGGAGGUAUAUGACAAUGAUCCUGAAAAAGUGAUUGAGAGGAUAUUGGAAGGUACCCUGCAUCCUGAUCUUGCGUCGCUUGAUACGUCUAUAGCGACAAAACCUGUGGCUUCACAAAAAGUGAAACCUGUGAAAGAUAAAGGUAAAGGCAAGAUCAAUGAAACGUCAUUUCCUGACUCUGAUAGUGUUUGGGUAGACAAGCCUAUAUCGUUAGUGGGAGUGAGCUCCACCUUGUCUUUGGCAGGCAGUUCCAGUUCUGGUAGUGCAUCUGCUGGUGGGACACCUCCUCUAUCAAACAUAUCAAAUCCUGUUGCUAAAACUGGUGUAAAUGCCGGGCGAUACGUGCGGCGACAAAAGGGAGAUGACGAAAACUUCAGUUCCCUGCUCGCCGGUAACGAAGACAUACGUUUAGCUACUAAAGCUGCAGCUGUUAGAGCUGAGUAUGAGGACGAAUAUGACGACUCUUUUGACGAGCUAGGACAGUACGUGGCUGACACUGGAGGGGUUGAGGAAACGGAGAGCCUUGCCGACCUGGUUGGUAACCGAGGCAGGGCUCGAAGUGAAAACUCUCAUCCGAGAAAUAGUGGCCGACCCUCACCAGUAACACCAUGGGGAGGAGCAGCCAGUAGUCCCAGAGAUAGGAAACCUUCGGGUGGUAAUACAUCUGCUUUAGGUGAAGGCCAAAGAGGAGAUCGGCAACAUCCAGUGGCUACUUCUAAGGGUGGUUUUGAACCACCAAGAGGAGACCAGCAAUAUACAUCAUCUGCACAAAGAAGUCCACCAAGAGGAGAUCGGCAGUACUCAGCAAACACACCCAGGAGCAAUGCUGAAGCUCAUAGAGGAGAGCGGAGAUAUUCAACGGGUGCUCCAAGUACUAAUUUAGGAGCACAAAAGGGAGAGAGAAAUUUCGCAACUGGUGCUUCGGCGAGUAAUGAAGGACAAAGAGGAGACAGGCCAUUCCGGGCGGUGAAUACCUUUGACGCACAGAAGGGCGAUAGGCAGUAUUCAGGAGGCAGCAGUUCAAAUGAUACCACAGGAUAUCAGUUCGGAGUUCCAAAGCCGGACGGUGAUGGUCAACUGAAUGAAACUGAAUCUAAUUCGGCAGCAGGUCGGGGCCGUGGCGGACGUGGCAACCGAGGACGAGGCAAAAACAGAGGACCCCAACCAAAGUCUGAUUUCUACCUCAAGGAUGGAAAGCUUUACAGCUAUAAGGUGGCUGGUGCUAUCGGUGUUGGCAGUGUGGAGGAGGCUGAGCAAAUUAAGAGGGAGGAAGCAGUAACUAUUUAUGGUCUUGGAGAAGGAGGAAAUGUGCCAAGACCGCUCGGAGGUGGUGAGAAUGAUGGGAAUCAAGAUGGAAGUGAUAGUAAUUAUCGGAAAGGUCCUCAAAGUCCUAUGGGAGACGGUGGAAGCGGUCGUGGUGGUAGAGGACGGGGAGGUCCAGCCGGAAGAGGAAGAGGUCGUGGUGAAAAUGACAAUCAUCACAGGAAAGAUAAAGCAAUGAAGAAACAUUUUGCGGGUCUGAGCGGUUUAUAGGCCAUAGCAUUUGCCAGUGCUAACCUAGGUACUCUUCAGAUACAAACUGAAGAGUUUUUGUCUUCUUUUUGAGGUAUGGAGGAGGUUCAUGGAUUAUGGCCACCGGUUUAUACUAGUAUGUCCAGCACAGACGGGAGACACGCUUUCGUAUUUCAGCUUCUGGAUAUAUCUUACGAGAGCAGAUAAUCAACUUCAGGAAUAGUGUCACAUAGUUAUUGCAAGAAUCGUCAUUUAGGACAGUUGUUUAUAUUGUGCAGUUUCUACUAGGUGAAACCGCAGAACGAUGUCCUCCAAAUUAAUGACCUCCAUAAUCCUCAUAAUACUGAGCAAUUGCAGAUAAGACCUGUCUGAGCAAACUCCCUGAUGGUUUGUUUGCUCAUUAAUUAGUGAGAGGUCCGAAACUCAGAGAACUGGAAAGUUGGGAGGUUGAGAUGGACUUCUGGUUCUUGCAGUCAACACUAUUACCCAAUAGUUUCUUUCCCGCAAGUCGUGUAGACAGUCAACUUUCGCAAAUUUGGAGCCUUUGCUUCCAAAUCAAGGAUCAGAUCCAGUCGGGUUUUUUUUUACCACAUCCUUUCUCAGCACUAAAUGCUUAGUUCCUCUUGAGGGGUGCUUUACCAGGGAGGACGAGGCAUCAUCCACAUGGACCGAUUGCAGAUCUUCGGUUUGAAGGAACCCCAGUUAUUGUGUUGCUGGUGUCUUAGCCUGUUGAUAUUUAUUCUAUAAUUACAGCACGACCGUUCGAACCUGAAGCACAAGUCUAGCCUGUCUCAAGGGUCGGAUGUAAGUGACCUGUGUCUCAACCUGAGUACAAACGUCGUUCUCGAGAUGACAUCUGCCACUACAAGAAAUAAAGGUAGCAUCUCUCCUUCGUAGAGAAGAAGCUUUCGUG